AGAGGAGGAUGAGGGUUUCCGCAUAGUAGCAGUGCUUAGUGGCGCAGAAAAAUAAACCUAAUUUACCAAAUUCAGACACAGAGAUUCUCAUUCCUCAAGAUCUUCUUCUUAUUUCUUGUCUCAAAUUAAUCCUCAAACUUUCCUCUCUGUGUCUCUCUAACAAUGUGCUCCAUUUCCUCACUCCACCAAAAUCAUGUCUAAGUGUUUUGGAACAGGAUAUUGCUAACAUGAAGGACUCUUGGUUUUUCGACAAUAACUUUAAUGGUCUCUCAGACGAGAUUUUUGAUGAUGUCAUUAACUUUUUUGAUUUCCCGCUGGAAGACGUGGAAGCUAAUGGCGUCGAAGAAGACUGGGAUGCUCAAUUAAAAUGCCUUGAAGACCCGCGUGUUGAUGUUUAUACAGCAUCAUCAGCUGGGUUGUGUGCCAAAACUCAAAAUGAAAAGCCCCAACUUGGAAUGAAGUUCUCUGCUUCUGGAAAUGGGAUUUCCCCAAUAAAACAGCUGGGAAAAGCUCCUGGACCAGUAUAUGGAAAGACCAUUACUCACCAGAAUGUCACUUCCAAUGGAAAAGAUUUGCAUCAAUUCCAAACCUACACCUACAGCCCAGUUUCGGUUUUUGAAAGCAGCAGUUCGUCCUCAGUUGAGAAUUCCAACUUUGAUCGACCUGUCAUCCCAGUAAAGCGGGCUCGUAGUAAACGUCAGCGUCCUUCAAGCUUCAGUCCUCUAUUUUCAAUUCCUUUCAUCCUUAAUUCACCGGCUAUGCAAAAUCAUCAACGGAUAGCAGCUGCUGACUCAGAUUUUGGAACAAAUGUUGCUGGGAAUCUAUCAAACAAACUAAAAAAGCAGAAAAAAAAGGAUUCGUCCCUGCUAUCAGAUGAUGUUGAGAUGAUGAGAUCCUCAUCACCGGAGUCAGGUUCCCCCAGAAAAUGCAUGCAUUGUGAGGUGACAAAAACCCCACAAUGGAGAGAGGGACCUGUGGGUCCCAAAACACUGUGCAAUGCUUGUGGUGUUCGAUACCGGUCUGGCCGCCUCUUUCCUGAAUACCGACCGGCAGCUAGCCCGACUUUUGUAGCAUCACUGCACUCAAACUGUCACAAGAAGGUUGUGGAGAUGAGAAGCAGAGCCAUCCAGGAGCCUGUUAGGGGUUCUAUGUUGGCUUCAUCAAAUCUCCAUGGAAAUGCUGUAGGAUAAUUUUUAUGUUGGAUUGAUUACCUUUGAGGAAGAAUCGGUAGUCUGUAGUCUUAAACAGGAUCCUUCUUGUUUAUUGUUUUUCAUUAUAGUCUAAUGUUAUAUUGCUUAGCAUCAUUUGUUUAAUUAAUGUAAAUUGAUUGGUGAAAUAAAAGGUAAUAGCAGGUUAGUGCUUUGCGAGGAAUUCAGGUAA